AUGGCUCUGAAAACCGUUAUCUUUGUGGACGGGCAGAACUUCCGGCAUAACCUGCGGGAUUUCCACUUCCGCUCUGACCCGCCGCAUCCCAACAAUCCCGAGUACCGCCUCGAUGAGAAGCAUUUCCGGUGGCAGGAGUUUUUCCAGGAUGCCCUGGCCAAAUUCGAUUACGUCACCGGCUGGCAGCAUCAACUGGCCAGGGUGUAUUGGUACUACGCGGAAAACAUCACACCGUGGUCACCCAACCUGUGGCGGGCACAGCGCAUCGUCGACGACUACGGCAUGCGGAUACCGGAACUGACCACGGACCUGGUCAUCCAGAAAGCGCAGGACUGGUACGAGCAUGAAUUCCGACGGUUCCACCAACUGCGCAAAUCGGUGUUCGAAGAGAUCCAGCAAAACACCAACUUCCUGGAAUUCAGGUACGUUGGGCAAUAUGUGGUGCAACCGUUCCGGCCAUAUCGCCUUGAGUACGACUACGACGGGAACAUAAACUUUCAGGGUACCCAGGUGGGCGAAAAGGGCGUGGACAUUGGGAUCGCAGUAGACAUGAUCUCCAAAAUGGACAGUUUUGACGCAGCUGUUCUGGUGUCCGGCGACAGCGAUUUCUUCCCGGUGGUGAAAUUCCUGAAAGACAACCUCAAGUACGUGUACCACUUCUCAGUCGGUCGCGGGGUGGGCAACGAAACGCAGUAUUUCUCGUCCUCGUUGCGUGGGCUUGUCGACUGUUUCCAGGGUUUUGACGAACUGGAACUCCUGACCAAUUAUGUCAACGAGCAUGCCGGCAUCCCGCCCGCUAUCAUGGACACCAUCAACAUGCGCGCCGCGGAGUUGGAACGCAUUCUCGAUGAAGAAUCGAUGGACUACGACCACCCGCCGGAGCGCGAUGCAGCGGUGAUUCAGCGCCGCUAG